UUUAGCAGCUAUAAAUGGUAAGGUAUUUAUCUUUACAUACGUGAGAAUUUAAAAAAAAAGUACAAAAUCUAUUAACUUCUACAGCAAACAACAAAUUUUAUCAAUUAUAAAACCGUGCCUUAACUGAAAGCCAUAUUUUUACUAAUUAUGUUGUUCUAGUUCUAGUUGCUAAAAAAGUGUAUCAAAACAUUUAAUAUAAGAAUGAUAACAAUAACAAAAGAUUCAAUAACAAUAAUAAAAGAAUCCAGAUAAUUGUGAACCAUAUAAAGAAAAGAGUUUUUAAUUCAAGAACCAUGUUAUUCAGCGACAGCUUGAAAUUAGAUAUGUUAGGAAUAUUUGUAGCUCUAAUUACAAUGUUAUUAGCAUGGCACAAGUGGUCUUUGGGUUACUGGAAGAGAAAAGGCAUUCCUGGACCAGCACCAUCCUUACUUGUCGGUAAUGCAGUGGAAAUGAUUCAGGGUAAAAAAUGCAUGGGAGAGAUUUUUAAAGAUGUCUAUUUUGGUCUAAAAAAUAAAGGUUAUCGUCACGGAGGAAUUUUCUUUCUAAACAAGGCAAAUUACGUGCCAAUUGAUUUAGAAAUCACCAAAUCAAUUUUGCAAACAGAUUUCCAACAUUUUAUGAGUCAUGGAAUGUAUUAUAACGAAGACGUCGAUCCUCUAUCAGCUAAUAUUCUGAGUUUGGACGGUGAACGUUGGAAGGACAUCCGUGCAAAAUGUACGCCCGGAUUUACACCAGGAAAAAUAAAGACGAUGUAUCCAAUAAUGGCAGAAUAUUCUACCGGGCUGAAAGAACUUCUUGAAGAUUCUAUUAAGCACAAUCCGGUUGAUAUUAAAGACAUAAUGGCUCGAUUUUCUACCGAUGUUGUAGGAUCAUGUGCAUUUGGACUUGAAGUAGAAAGUAUGAAAUAUCCUGCAGCUGAAUUAAGAAUCUAUAAUAAAAAACUGAUGGAACCUAGCAUUUCUACCGCCCUUAGAAAUUUACCAUCCUUUUUAAUAAAUCAUGACAUUUUGAGAUUUAUAAACUACAGUCUCGUACCCAGAAGUUAUAUAAAUUACUUUUAUAACUUAAUUGUUAACACCGUCAACUACAGGGAAGAAACCAAAUUUGUUAGAAAAGAUAUUCUUAACAUGCUAUUGGAAUUAAAACAAAAGGGACGUUUGACAUUAAACGAAGUUGCUGCAAAUAGUUAUAUACUAUAUUUGGGUGGAUGGGAAACCACUGCAACUACUUUACAUUUUUUAUCUUAUGAGCUUUCUGUAAACAUCGAUAUACAGGAAAAACUUAGAAAUGAGAUCAACACAAUAUUAAAGAAACAUGAUAAUAAAAUGACAUAUGAAGCAGUCAUGGAAAUGGAAUAUUUAGAUAGGGUUAUAUGUGAAACUCUGCGUAAAUAUCCCGCUGUACAAUUUCUAUUUAGGAAAACCACGAAAACUUUCAACAUCCCAGGAGAAAAUACGAAACUUGAUGAAGGCGAUUAUGUAAUUAUACCAACACUUGGAAUUCAUCACGAUCCGGACUACUAUCCAGAUCCUGAGAAAUUCGAUCCUGAUAGAUUUAACGAAGAAAACAAGAAAAAACGACCACAUUUUGCUUGGCUUCCGUUUGGAGAAGGACCAAGAAUAUGCCUAGGUUUACGUUUUGGAAUGGUACAAAUGAAAAUAGCAACCGUAACUUUAAUACAAAAUUUCAAGAUUGCUCUAAACAAGAAAACAAUUUCACCAAUUAAAUAUAAGCCAGCAGCAUUGCUGGCAAGUAGUUUAGGAGGUGUAUGGUUAGAUUUAGAGAAGAUUAAUAAAUAGGUCCGUACCCAAAGUGGAGACGUAAUCUAAUUAAGACAACAAACAACAACAAAACAACAAAAAAUAGUGUAUUUCUUCAAAAGAUGCGAUAAAUAUUGAAACCAUUUGUAAAAAUUAUUUAUUGCAUUAGAAAAAUUUAAACUAGAAUAAAAAAUUAUCUUCGAGGCCAAAACCAAGUUAUUCGGUUUUAUAUAAUUGACGAACAUGUACCAUAAUUAGAUGUAUUGGCUAAAGUCUCCAAAAUCCCAACUGACGGUUAUUGUUUUUGUUUUUUUUUCGUUUUAGGUUUUGUUUAUAUUUAAUAGCAUAUUUCAUUUUCCUGAUAUCUUGCCAUAGUAGUACUAGUUUUAUUCUGUAGCCUACAGGUACUUUUUUACCUACCUAUUUCCAAAUAAUUAUUAAUUUGACUGCA